UUUGUGAUAAGUAACCAAAUCUCCCUUUAUGGGCAAAAUUGGAGAAUACACAGUGAGAAGCUUGUUUUGCUGGCUAGGCUAGAAGCAAUCCACAGCAGACACUAUGAGUAGAUUCAAGACAUCCAAAUACAAGAACUCUCUCAGCUACGUGUACAAGCAAGAGGCCUGGAUUAAUGACUGUAAUGUCAGUGCCCACCUCAGUUCCCGUGGCAACCUGAUAGAUGCCAGCAGAGAAUGUGUGGCUUUCCUCCAGGACCCCAACAGUGUGAGUGUGCUCCCUGUGAACAGUGGCGGCCGUUUCACAAAAUUCCCUACAAUCAGUGAGUCAGCGAGCGACCUCGCCUUCUCUCCCUUCCAUGAUCGUCUCCUGGCAACGGGGAACAGUGGAUGUGUGCGACUGUGGGAAGUCCCCAAUGAGCUUCCAAAUGACACUAUUGUCUCCAAACCAGUUGCUAGUCUGGCAGGGGAUGAUGGGGGAAGAGUGGAGAUGGUGCGCUUCCACCCUGCAGCUGAUAACGUGUUGCUAAGCUGCGCUGGCCGUCAGGUGACUGUGUGGGACACUGAGGCUCAGAGUAGCAUGUUCAAUCUGGAGGGCCAUGAAGACGUAGUGCAGUGUGUGUGUUGGCAUGGCAAUGGCUCCAUGGUGGCUUCUGUAUGCAAGAAAGAUCGUCAAAAGAGCAUCAAGCUUUUUGAUCCUCGAGCAGGAGCUAAACCGGCUCAGGAGGCCUUUGCUCACAGCGCCCUCAAAGACUCUAGGGUUCUGUGGUUGGGGGAUUCCUCUUACCUCCUCUCGUGUGGAGCCGACAGUUCUAGAAAUGCUGAGGUGGCACUCUGGGACACCGCUAAUCUGGUAAAGCCAGUCUCCAGAGUGUCACUGGGGUCCACUGCCUCAGGGAGCACCAUGAUGUUCUAUGAUGAGGACACAAAAAUGGUCUAUGUGACCGUGAAGAAUGAGUGCACUAUUUCAUUCUACGAGCUGUCAGGGACCUCGCUGUCUCCAGGUAGCCACGUGUAUCGGUCAACCCAGCAGAUCAAGGGUCUCGCUCUCCUGCCUAAAGCCACGGUGAAUGUGAUGGCCUGUCAAGUUGCACGUCUCAUGGUGCUGACUCAGAAUGCCGUAGUCCCCAUCAGCUACUAUGUCCAGAGAAAGUCACACACCGAGUUUCAUGCUGACCUGUUCCCGGAUACUGCGAGUGGAGAGCCCUCCAUGACAGGCACUCAGUGGAGAGAGGGAGCUAACACUCCGGUGUCAACGAUCAGUCUGGACCCUGCCAAGUUCAAGAGAAGUCAGGGAGCACCCAAAACAGACAAGAAGACUGGGCCUGCAAAAGAGCCCUCCAAAACCCCUGAGCCAACCACCACAGCCAAACCAGUGGUUGCUAAGACAGCCGAGCCAGAAGUUACUACGAAAACUAAGGAACCCCCACGCCCGUCUAAGGUGAUUCAGUUGGUGCGAGCGUCAAAGCUUCGUCACAUAGAGGGUGUGAUGAGUCAUCGCAGCACCAUCAUUGACAAGCUGCCCUCCCUCAACACCACAGUGCCAGGAGAUUGCAACGCACUCCAUGCCAACAGAGACAGAGUGGCUACAGUAAUAUCAAGACCAGGGGGACAAAUGAUCGUCUUAGAACUUAACAAACCAGGACGGUUGGACAGUGAUUCAGUACCAACACUACAACACUCUGCUGCCAUCAUGGACUUCACAUUUGACCCAUUUGACAACUAUCGCCUAGCAUCAGCGUGUGAUGAUGCCUACAUUCGUGUGUGGCAAGUACCAGACGGAGGUUUAACCGAAACACUCACAGAGCCUCUGGUUAAACUGAAAGGUCACAGAGAUAAGCCAAAUCUGGUCUCCUUCCAUCCUCUGGCCAACUCAGUUUUGGCGUCAGCUGGUUAUGACUGUAAGCUGUUCAUAUGGAACCUCGACACUCAGCAACCAGCUAUCUCCAUUGAGCUCAAGGAUACUCUGUUUGCCAUGUCAUGGAGCCCAUGUGGUCGCUACCUGGCCACUUUCUCCAAAGAAGGGACGCUGGCCCUCUAUGAGCCACAAAAGUCCACCCAACCAAUACGAGAGGGGUGUGGUCCAGAAGGGCGGAGAGGAGGCCGAGUGGUUUGGUUGGACACUGAACACAUUGUCGUGUGUGGAUUCAACAAGACCAGUGUACGUACACUUAGUGUGUAUUCGACAUCUGACCUCUCCACACCAAUGUCUGUGAUCAGCCUGAGUGUGUCACCUGCCAUCCUCAUGCCCACUUUUGACCCUGACGUCAACCUUCUCUAUGUUUCUGGGAAGGGUGACAGUUCUGUGCUGGUGUUUGAGUAUGUUCCAGACAAGCAUCCCUACCUGUUUGACGUCUCUCCAUUCUCUUGCCCAUCUGCACAUCAGGCUGUUGCAUUUCUGCCAAAGGUAAUGUGUGAUGCUCGCAAGGUGGAGAUAGCACGAGGAGUUCGUCUCACCACUUCAACUGUUCAACAGUUUACCGUCAAGGUGCCCCGAACCAGACUCGAGUACUUCCAGGAUGACCUUUAUCCUCUAACCGCUGUGACAUGGGAGCCGGUAAUGAGUGCUCAAGAGUGGUUUGAUCAGGGGAAACCUCGGGACAGGGCCACUGUAGACAUGCGACCAACUGAUAUGAAGCCUUUGAGUACAGCACCUGCUCCGAGGAAAGCGCCGAAGAAAUUUGAGAGCUACGACCCCAAGUUCAAAUCAGCACACGAGAAAAAGGAAGAGCUGAUGUCAGCAAUGAUAGAGCGUAUGGGAGAUAAGGAUGAUGACCCUCUACCUCAGUCCAAACUGGAGGGCUGUGACAGUGACGAAUGGAGUGAUGAUUAAAUUCUGACAACUCUUCACAUUAUUUUCGGUGUGUGUUAUAGACUGCAGGAGUGACUAGUUUUAGUUUUUUUAUUUUAUAAUUAUAGUGAUGUUUACAUUAAUUUGACUGUUUACCCUAGAAGUAUAAUUAUUAUACAUACAGA